GUUACAGAAAACACAGUAUUUGCAGUUGGGACAGAGUCGUGGGCAGUACUAUGGAGGGUCACUGCCAAAUGUGAAUCAGAUUGGGAACAGUACCAUGGACCUGCCUUUCCAGACUCCUUUUCAGUCAUCUGGACUGGAUACAAGUAGGACAACUCGGCAUCAUGGCCUGGUGGACAGAGUGUAUCGUGACAGAAACCGCCUUGGGUCACCGCACCGGCGUCCGCUGUCCGUAGAUAAACACGGAAGGCAGGUGGACAGUUGUCCGUAUGGCACUGUGUAUCUGUCGCCUCCAUCGGAUACAAGCUGGAGAAGGACCAAUUCAGAUUCUGCCUUGCAUCAAAGUACAAUGACCCCAACUCAACAAGAGUCCUUUUCAGGAGGGUCACAAGACAUGCAGCAAAAAAGAGUCUUAUUAUUGACUGUCCCUGGAAUGGAGGAAAGCACAUCUGAAACAGACAAAGCCCUCUCUAAACAAGCAUGGGACACUAAAAAGACAGGGUCAUCGAGGCCUAAAUCAUGUGAAGUUCCAGGAAUCAACAUCUUUCCAUCAGCUGACCAGGAAAACACUACAACACUGAUUCCGGCUGCACACAACACAGGUGGCUCUCUGCCAGACCUGACAAACAUCCAUUUCCCUUCUCCUCUCCCAACACCACUAGAUCCUGAGGAAUCCACGUUCCCAUCCCUGAGUAGCUCCAAUAGCACUGGAAAUCUUGCAGCCAACUUGACUCACUUGGGCAUCAGCACUGCCAAUCAGGGAAUGACGACGCAAGCCUCAUCCCGGCAGCCAGCUGUCAGUCCCCUCUCACUGAAUGCAGACUCCAGACGACCACAGUCCCAACAGAUGUCUCCUACACUCUCACCUCUGUCACCAAUUACUCAGGCUGUGGCUAUGGAUGCAUUGUCUUUGGAACAGCAGCUUCCACCAUAUCAGUUUUUUACCCAGGCUAGUUCCCAGCAACAGCAACAGACCCAAGUGGCAAGUAGUCUGCCUCAGAAUACCCCUUUAAUGCAGACUUCUGGCUUACAGCGAGGAGCACAGCUUCCCCCUCUCUCAGUCACGGUACCAUCUACCAUCCCACAGUCACCUCCAGGCAGCCAGACCCAACCUUCCAUGGGCAUAGACAUCAACUCGGCUUCACUCCAGCAGUACCGCAGUAAUGCUGGAUCCCCAGCCAACCAGUCUCCCACCUCUCCUGUCUCCAAUCAAGGCUUCUCUCCUGGCAGCUCCCCUCAACAUUCUUCCAUUCUGGGGAGUGUAUUUGGUGACUCCUAUUAUGAUCAGCAGAUGACAGCUAGGCAGGCUAAUGCCCUAUCCCAUCAGCUUGAACAGUUUAAUAUGAUAGAAAACGCCAUUAGUUCCAACAGCCUGUACAGCCCCUGCUCCACCCUUAACUACUCCCAGGCAGCCAUGAUGGGACUUACUGGGAGCCAUGGCAACUUGCAGGACUCGCAACAGCUGAACUACUCCAGCCAUGGAAACAUCCCCAACAUCAUCCUCACAGUGACAGGAGAAUCUCCUCCCAGCUUAUCAAAGGAACUGACCAGCUCUUUGGCAGGUGUCGGAGAUGUCAGCUUUGAUUCAGAUUCCCAAUUCCCUCUGGAUGAACUCAAAAUUGACCCUUUAACCUUGGAUGGACUGCACAUGCUUAAUGACCCAGAUAUGGUCCUCACCGAUCCUGCCACAGAGGACACUUUCAGGAUGGACCGGCUGUAGACUGAGGACACCAUGAGCCUGGGAAUAAAAUUAGUUCCUGGAGCCCAGCUGAACUGAAGAGUCCAAUGGGUCAGUCAUGUCAGAUUAAAGAGUUACCGAGAGCAGUAGCUCUGUCAUGUACAACGUAUACAAUGAGUAAAGCUUGUUGUUCUAAGCUUGCAGUGCUGCAGACCCCCAUUCCCCGUCGCACCAUAUUUGAUCCCUUAUCUACUCAUUGCCAUUAAAUGAGUAAGGAGUUUGCAUCAGCCUUCUCCCCUCCAAACCCCCACCAGCGAAGGCCCAGCGUAAGGUUCUCAAUUUAUCCUUUGCACUAGAAGGGGGAGUUUCUGGGCAGGUGAUGAAGGUUCAGAGUCAAGGGUAAAGAGAUUCUCUUUGUAAAAUACCACAUCAUUAGCAUUUGAUCAUUGGCUGUUUCUGUAACUGAUCAACAGCCAUCUCCUUGCGAGACUGAGAGGGGAAACUCAGACUACUGCCCUCUCACUAACUCUAAAGCAAAAUGCCUGUAUGGCCACCCUCUGGGAAAGGGGAGAGGCUGCUAAUUGUGACUCUCCCAGACUACUUUGUGACAGUUGCUUUGUAGAGUAAAAUGCUUCUCCCUUGAUUGAUAUGCCAUAUUUGUUUUCAGGUUUGUUUCCUUGACUGUUGUCCAGCACCCACUGCCUGUUCGUAUGCCCUGAGCAAACUCGUGUACUUGGCAAAGCAGGAAAGCGGCCUGUCAGCCCAGUGGGCUCUCGGUAGCCGGUUAUCCAAAAAAACAACUGUAAACACUAUUUCCAGAGCCUUUUUCUUGUUUAAAAUUUCUGAGCACACAAAAAAGUACUAUAAUUCAUUACCUGGUGAGUGUGAAGGAGUGAGUGGAGCAUUUUGAAGCCACUAAAAGUAUAGUGGUGGCUAAAUUGCAGAGAAUUUUAUUUUUAAAUUCUACUUCUUGUGUGAAAUUCAUAUAGGCAACAGGAAGGGCCGUUGUGUAGCAAUACCUAGCCCAAGUCAGGGGGCUAUUUUUAUGAUUUUUUUUAUUCUUGUUCGUUGCCUAUUGAAUAUUCUGUUACUGUUAUUUAUGCAUUUUUUUAUUUAAGUAUUUGGAUAUUAGAAAAGUAGCCAAACUACAUAAGGCCAAUUGAAGCACUCUGCAUAAUACUUAUACAGUACAUCCUUUUGUGAUUUUUAUUCUAGAAAUAUAAUAUAUA